AUGCCCGACCCCGUUGAUCCCGUCGACUCGCCCAGUCGCAAGCGGAAACCGUCCGGCUCUCUGCCGUAUAAGAACGGCACCCGCCAGAAGAUCACACGUGCCUGUGAUUCUUGCAAAGAGAAAAAAACGCGCUGCACUGGUACCUUGCCCUGCACCCGGUGCACGCGACUAUCGCUGCCCUGCAGAUACAACGCUGCCUACUCCAGAGGUCUGCCGCCAGACCCUCUGCCGUCGGGAGAUGCUGCAGGCCGUGUCUUGAAGGCUUCCCAUGUAUCCAACGGCUCACGUUCUCAUGGCAGUGUAGCGGCUGUGACGAGUCGAGACUCUGUUGGCAGUCAUGCAUUUUCCGGUCGCCAUUCUGUGUCUCUGCGCAACUCGCCCGAACCGGGGUCGACGGAUUUCGAGGGAAAUUACAUUGGUCCUGCGUCUGGCGUGUCGUUUAUCAAUCGAGUCUGGAGUCGGCUGUAUCAGGAUGAAACGACGCAUAUUCCCAACGAAGUGCAGAAUGAGUCCUCGGCGAAUACGGCCGUGUUCAUGUUUGGCGAUAAGCCAUACUCCCAUCCUCAAGAGGUCGACUUUACGUUGCCUUCGUUUGACAAGGCAAUGGAGCUGGUGGCCAUUUACUUCGAUUUCUCCAUGGUGACUUAUCGUUUCUUGCAUCGAGGUAGUGUGGAGAAAUGGGUCAAGCAGGUGUAUGAGAAUAAUCUUUCCGUGUCGAAUCUCCCCGUCGGCAAUAUGGUUGCUCGCGCUGCUAUCGUUCUUAUGAUAUUUGCCGUAAGCACUAUUCAUAAUGAGGUCGACCCAGCAGGUGUAGCAAACGGAGACAGCGAAAGCGAGCGCUGGUAUGCGGCUUCCAAAUUCAUGUCUUCCCUGGAGUCGGGUCCACCGCGACUGGAGACUAUCCAAGCUCGACUGAUCCAAUGCUUAUACCUGCUGUCAUCAUCAAGAGCUAAUGAAUGCUGGUACUCAUUCGGCACUACCUUGCAGGUUGUAACCGCCCUCGGCUUGCAUCGUAAAUGCCCUGUCAAACUAUCGAAAAAGGCCUGCUCAUACUUCGAACUGGAGCUUCGCAAACGCAUCUUCUGGAGUGCCUAUACUCUGGACAAAUAUUUGAGCAUCAUUUUUGGCCGGCCUCGUCUACUACACGACGAGGACAUUGACCAGGAACUACCAGACGAGAUGAACGAUGAAGACCUGCUGGAAGAAGAUCCAGCACGACGAACCGGAUCUACAGAGAGCAUGAUGAUCGCAUCAGUCCUCCACUACCGUCUCGGCCGCAUUCUAGGCGAGAUAUCCCGCCAACUCUACAGCAUCAACUCAAUAUCCCGCGACUCUCCACUAGAAACAGCCGUCCGUCUAACCUCAGAUCUCGAAAAGUGGAAAGAAUGCGUCCCACCUCUCUUCAACAGCGUUCGACCAACAAGCUUAAUCCCACCCCUCUGCCGCCAAAGCCAAGUCCUCCAACUAGCUUACUCCCACGCUAUGAUCCACGUCACCCGCUCAUUCCUUCUUAACGACUUCACCGAUCUAAGCCGUAGACCCCGAGACCCGCACCCGAUGGUCAGCGCGCACGCGCAGAAGUGCAUCGGAGCCGCUGAGGACGUCUUGACUCUUGUCGAUAGCCUCGCGCAGCAAACAUUAUUCAUCCAGUCAUUCUGGUUCACACACUAUGUGUGUUUCUGCGCUAUCCUCGUGGUCUACAUCCAUAUCAUCCAGCAACACCGCCAGUCCACAGCCCCCAGUCCUUCAACCGGGAGUCCGGCAGACGCCGACAAGUUACAUUCACUCCUCACGCUCGCGGAAACGUGUCAGCAGUAUCUUGCCGAGGCUACAAGAAAAAACUGUCCUAGUCGGCGGUAUGGGAUUAUUCUCGAGGAGCUUCGGCGUGAAGUCCAUAGGCAGAUUGGGUCGAAUGAUCCGUUCACGCCUGCGAUGAUUAGCCCUUUGCACGAUAAGGAACUGACGGGCCAGAAUAUGACGCCGAAUGGAGUACAUCAGGCGGAGUCUUUGGGUGCUCAAACCCAGAAUAUGGAUUUCAUGCCGGGUAUCUUGCAAACUUCAGAGCUGGCUUCUAUUAAUCCCAUGGAGGGUGCGGGGAUCCUUGACAACCUUGAAGGCUCGAUUUGGUGGGCUCAGUUGGAUUCUUGGGCGCUUUCUAGUUUUCCCAAUGAUCCUUCGACGUUUACUUUCUAG